UCCACCAUAGCAACCUUGUCGUGCUUGCUCUGUGCAAGGGAAGGAGGAAGAGAGUCAACAGCAGGCGCUGCACAGAAUCAGCCGGGUGUCUCCCGUCCUACCUGAUCAGAAUCCGCUUGGCAGAGAGGAUGUCUAAGAGCAUUCCAGUGGCUGUGGUGACUGGCUCCAACAAAGGCAUUGGGCUGGCCAUCGUGCGGGCUCUAUGCAAGCAGUUCACUGGGGAUGUUUACCUGACAGCCCGGGAUGUGGAACGGGGCAAGGAGGCAGUGGCCAAGCUGCAGGAAGAAGGGCUGAAGCCACAGUUCCACCAGCUGGACAUAAAUGACCUGCAGAGUAUCCAAACCCUACGCGAUUUCUUGAAGGAGAAGUAUGGAGGAUUAAAUGUGCUGGUCAACAAUGCAGGGAUUGCUUUCAAAGUGGAGGACCCCGCACCGUUUCCUACACAAGCAGAAGUGUCCAUGAAAACGAACUUCUUUGCAACCAGAAAUAUUUGCAAUGAGUUAUUACCACUUAUUAAACCACAAGGAAGGGUAGUGAAUGUCUCCAGUGUCAUGAGUGCCCGGGCCUUGGCCAUGUGCAGCCCAGAACUGCAGCAGAAGUUUCGAAGUGACACUAUCACUGAAGAGGAACUAGUGAAACUCAUGGAAAAAUUUGUAGAAGACACCAAGAAGGGAGUGCAUGAGAAGGAGGGUUGGCCAAAUACAGCUUAUGGCGUGUCCAAAAUCGGGGUAACGGUUUUGUCCAGAAUUCAAGCAAGGCGCCUAAAUGAGACAAGGAAAAGUGAUGGUAUUCUCCUGAAUGCCUGUUGCCCUGGGUGGGUCAGAACUGACAUGGCAGGUCCUAAAGCACCAAAAUCUCCUGAUGAGGGAGCCGAGACUCCAGUGUAUUUGGCCCUUUUACCCCCGGGAGCCGAUGGGCCCCACGGGCAGUUUGUUAGUGACAAAACGGUUCAACCUUGGUGAAUUUUGGCAUGUGCCCAAUUUCAUGGAGCUCCAUUCUAGUUGAGAUCAGACAGGCUCCUGCUCCCUACUGAGCCUCCAGUGCCUACUGAAGACUAAUUUUAUUCCAGCAGGCAUUUUAGUUGUAGUUUUUGUUUAUAGUUAUAACUGAUUUUUAUUUUUUGUAUUCUUUGUAAAUCACUUAAAAGGCUAUUGUAGUAAAGUGCUAUAUAAAUUGUUUUAAUAAUAACUAAUAAAUAAAAUAACUGGAGCUUAUCUGCCAUAUUGCAGCUGGCUCUUAAUAAGUAGAGCUCUUGA